CCGUGACCGCGUGAACACCGUGGGUCUGGAUCACAGAUUCCUUAGAAAGUUCCUAAUAAAUAGAAAACGUAUGAUCGUAAUAUAUUAGCAGAAUAUAAAGUAAAAUACUCAGCUGUUCAGUUCUGUUAAAUAAACUGAACGAGAGUUGAAUAAGUUGAUAACUCAACACUUCACGAGAUGCCGACCCUUUUCUUCGCUGCAGCUCUGAUGGCCUGCGUGGCUGCUACGGGGGCCGAGUCAGAAUUACCAAAAUCUCUGGAGCAGAAGUCACUGACACGAUGGAGCCUCCUUCAGAGCGCCUCAUCUAACCCUGCGGAUGAUAUCAAGCCAUCCGGGUUUAAACCACCGGAUUUGGCGGACGACCUUCUCUGCUUUCCGGCCACAAAAGUUGACGAAGUUUCGCAGGUUCCCCCAAGCACCUCGGUGGUCGCCUCCAUGUUCCUGCGAGUGCCCCCUGAUGGCGGGCUGGUCGAAGCCUUCGACGAGGGCUCGUGGCUCCUGAACCCGACGGAACCUGGGCAUGUUGAUCAAGCUGCCGCAUUAUUUUCGCUCAAAUUUGACAGCUUCUCCAUCGAUGCCAGAAUGUUGCCGUCGAGCGAGUUAGAGCUUAGCCUACCAUCCGGCAGCCAUCAUCUACUCACUCACUUCCCAGCCAAUAAAUGGUUGAGGCUUCUACUCGUGGUUGAUUUCAACCAGUCAAUGGUUCACGUGCAGAUUGGAGGGGGGCGUGAGCCAAGCAAGUUCCCGCUCUACGAAGCAGAUGACUUCGACUUCUCUGCAAUGUUUGAAGUUGAAAAAUUCAAAUUUAGGAGCAUUCAAUAUAAUUUGUCGUUGAAUGCAGAAAGCUACGAGCUUUAUACUGACAAUGGAACCUUGCUCGAUGCUCAAAUGAUGCUGACAGAAAUAUGUCAUCUAGAUAUGUCAUCAACCUCGAAGAAGUGGAUAGACAUUACAAAUUUCCAGGUUUCAUACGCACAUGAAUUCAAUCUAUCGACAUCUUGCAACACGGAAUUGAAUAUGUCCAAAAUCAUUUACAGGAGUGAGGUAACAUCCUCGCUGGACACAUUGUGCCUGGAUGAAUACUCGAUACUAAAAUUGAACAGCUCUAGUUCCUAUUUCUCUCAUGUCGAACAAUGCUCAAAGUUUCAAGGGUCGGCCCUCACUACAGAAGAUGCGGUUAUUUACGCACCAGAGAUUGCGGCAAUAUCUUCCUCGACACGAAACCAGGAUAGUAUUUUAUCUUGGAUGCAGAGCCUUAACAAUACAAAGGGAAAUUUCAAAUCAUGGUGUUCAGUGUUGCUGCGGAAUGGAUCGUUGCACUUACGCCCUUGCUACGAUUCACUUAGGUUUGGGUUGUGCAAAAUUAAAACAUCGCUGAUUUUUCGCGUUUAUGGAAAAGUUGGACCGUUUGACCGCGAGUAUGUGCUCAUUACCUUGUCUGAUGGAUCUUGGGUACUGAAAGGUUUCAGUUCACUGAUGAAAUAUUCUGAUAAUAAGUGGAUUAUCAAGUCGAAUCUUCACAAAGAGUCGUGCGUAACGGGAGAUUCAACUCUACCGUUGAUCAGAAGCAUUUGGGCAUGUGGAGAGGCCAAUUCAACCUUAGCAUUCUCAUCUUGUCAUUCACAAACAUUUAGUUGUACGUCGGGAGCAUGCUUGCCAAAUCAUUUCAGGUGCGAUGGAAUCACACAAUGUGGCGACAAGAGCGAUGAAGAUGAAUGCACAUUCAUCGUGAAAGACGCGGGAUACAAUAAUUUGGUAAUGCCACCGCCUCUCAAAGAUGAUGACGUCGUACGAAUACGGUACUUCUUCAUUGUGUAUUCAAUCGCCCCAAUACAAACAAGUAAUUUCUACGCAGAUGUCGACCUAACCUUUGGAGUGCACUGGAAAGAUCCACGCCUAACGGUUUGGAAUCCCAUCCAGUAUAAAAACAUCGAGUGUAAGGAUAUUUGGUCCCCAAAAUACAUAGCUGCCGAUGGCCACCCUCAAGGACAUUGGGUCUCUGUACCGGAAGAAAAUACGGACGGAUGCAUGGUGGAUUUAUAUUCUGACAUCCCACCCAUUGAAUCAGUGGACGACCCUUAUAUGGGUCGCCACCUGAACGGCUCAUCGUUCGAGCUCGUGUACAGCCUCACGGGGAUAUUCAGAAUCCCCUGCCAGUUCAACCUGCGCAAGUACCCCUUCGGCGACCAGAAAUGCGAACUCAACAUAUGGGUAGACGCCACAGAGUUCCGACAAAUCGUUUAUGAACGUUUCGCGGACCAGCCUGAAGAAGACGUGAAAUUCAGCGGACGCAAUGACGUUAGAGAGUAUUGGGUUUCCCGGACUUGGAGGAAGGAGGUGAACGAUAACCAUUCUGUAUCUCUGAUCAUUGAAUUGCAAAGUUUGUACGGCUAUCACGUUCUCAACAGCUACUUUACAAGCCUUCUUAUCGUACUUAUCUCCUUUUCAACGGCUAUUUUUCGUGUGGAAGACUUCAAUGAACGAAUAAUGGUAUCGCUAACUGCUUUGCUUGUCUUGACAGCACUUCUAACUCAGGCUAAUUCGUCGUCUGUGCAAACGUCUUACCUAAAAUUACUGGACGUAUGGUACGCGGCUCUCAUUGCUUUCAGUUUCAUGACUGUCCUGGCAAAUACAAUCUUGAAUUUUUAUCAUCAUAAGCUUAUUUCUGAUAACGAACGCGGUAAGAAAUCAUACGAAGAAAUUUUCAUUAUCAAGAAAGUUAAAAUUCUUAACUUCGCUCUUUUCGGGAUGCUCACCAUUGUUUUCUUUACGUUCUUGCUAUUCUACACCCUAAUUGCAGGUGACAAAAUUUGAAGCCAUAAAACUGGAAAAAUAAAUAUAAACUACAUAAUCCCUUCAUUUCACAUGAACCUCAAAGGCUCAUGGAAGCGUCUAAAAGUACGUGUUAUAACUUAUAAGCAUAAGUCAAACU